CUCUACAGUGGAAGCAGCCGCAGAGGAGCACAGCACGGCGGCCCCUGCUCAUCUCAUCUCAUUGAUGGAUUAACCUGGAAAUCUCACUUUCAUUAUCUCUCAGGCUUAGAUGUUGGAUUCAACAAUGACACUGUGGCAGCUCAUGAAGGUUUUAAUUCUUCUAUUGGCGCUGUCCGUCCCAACCAGAUGCCACAGUAGGAGGAGGAAGGGUCAAAGAGAUGUCAUUGUUAAUGAGGCUAAAACCCUGAUCUGCCCUGUGGAGAUCAUGUUCAUCGUGGACAGUUCAGAGAAGGCCAAAGGUCUGCUAUUUCAACGACAAAAAGAGUUCGUUCUGCGCUUCAGCACCAAAGUCAUGCAGCUCCACUCGGCCGGCUGGCGACUGCGUCUCCGCCUGGCCGCUCUGCAGUACAGCAGCACUGUGUCAGUGGAGCACAACUUCAAAGACUGGCAGGACCUGGAUGUCUUCCAGAGCCGGGUCGCCUCUAUGGAUUUCAUCGGUCAUGGCACCUUUUCUGCCUACGCGAUCACCAACGCCACCAAGGUGUUCAACCACGAGACGUCCCACAGCAGCCUGAGGGUGGUGCUGCUGAUGACGGACGGGACAGAUCACCCGCGCAGCCCCAGUGCUGUGACAGCUGCUGCUGAGGCCAAACAACACAACAUCAGGGUGUUCAUCAUCCAGCUGUCCGGACUGCCCAGGGAGGGUGGCACAGGUACAAAACUGCGAUCCAUUGCCAGUGCCCCCCCACAGCAGCAUGUCCUAAGCCUCACCGACAACCAGCUGGACCAAAGACUCUUCAAUGAGCUGAACACAGUAGUUAAAGCAGGGUGCCCACAGCCAAAGACCUGUCUCUGUGAGCGGGGUGAGAAGGGUCAUGCUGGAAGCCACGGGAAGCCAGGCGAGCCAGGGUCUGACGGAGCUCCAGGUCCAAAGGGAUCUCGUGGGGAACCUGGCAUCAAUGGACGUCCAGGACUGGAAGGCCUUGAGGGACGACCUGGCUUCAAAGGGGAAAAGGGAGAACUGGGUGAAUGCGGUGCUGAUGGCACAAAGGGAGAAAAAGGUGUGGACGGACUCCCUGGACCUCGAGGCGCCAGAGGAGAAAAGGGAGCCAGAGGGGAACCUGGUGACCAAGGCCCAGAGGGGCCACCUGGAUCUAAAGGCGACCGAGGACCAAGGGGUGUGCCUGGACCUCAGGGAGAUUAUGGUAUUGGGUUCCCUGGUCCUAAGGGGGAAAAGGGGAACCAGGGAAGACCAGGGCCUUCUGGGCCAAUGGGUGUUGGUGAACCAGGGAUGCCAGGUCCACCUGGGCCUUCAGGAAUUCAAGGGUCUCCAGGGUUUCCAGGUGAGGGCCUCCAAGGACCCAAGGGUGACAGGGGAUAUGAGGGUCCCAAAGGCAGUCGUGGACCACCAGGAAUUGGGCUCAAAGGUGAUAAGGGAAACACAGGAGGCCCUGGGCUACCUGGUUUGGUGGGUUUUCCAGGGGUAGGAGUUCAAGGAGAAAAGGGGGACCAAGGGCCAGUAGGUCCUUCUGGUCCCAGAGGACCUCCUGGACUAGGCAUAGUUGGACCAAAGGGUGACCAAGGUUUCCCUGGAGAACCUGGACCUCAGGGAGAACGGGGCGUAGGUGAGCCAGGAGCAAAGGGAGAGCCAGGACCUGAUGGGGCUGCUGGGAUACCCGGCAUUCCUGGUGAAGACGGAAGUGUCGGACCUGAGGGAGAAAUGGGAUUGCCAGGUCCGCGGGGCCCAGAGGGAGCACCGGGCAAAGGAAUACCUGGAGAAAAGGGAGACAGAGGUGACCGGGGCUCGAGGGGGCUUUCAGGAGCUCCAGGCCCAGUGGGACCUGCUGGAGCUAAGGGAGAGCCGGGCAGCCCUGGAAUGAUGGGCGUCCCCGGACCUUCUGGCCGUGGGUUACCAGGACCCAAGGGAGAACCCGGGUUUGUGGGGUUGACUGGACCUGUUGGAGAACCUGGAGUAGGAAUCAUCGGACCAAAGGGAAACAAAGGAAAUACAGGACCUGUGGGGCCUCCAGGGGUUAAGGGGGAGGGCCUUCCUGGACCACAGGGUCUGCCUGGCUUACCAGGAGUGCAAGGAGAGAUGGGAAAUGAAGGGAAAGGACUACCUGGACCCAAGGGUGACAGAGGCUUGCCAGGUGCCCCAGGACCAUCAGGUCCUCCUGGAACAGGACUUUAUGGACCGAAGGGCUCUACAGGGCAGCCUGGACCACCUGGCAUGCCAGGGCUUCCAGGAGAGGGCAUCCCAGGUCCAAAGGGAGAGCGUGGGUAUCAGGGGCCACCGGGUCCUCGCGGGGCACCAGGGGAUGGUCUUCUAGGGGAGAAGGGUGAUCGAGGUACUCCUGGAGACAGAGGAAAGAAAGGUGACAAGGGAGACUAUGGAGAACCUGGAUCAUCUGGACCAAUGGGGAGACCUGGAGAGAAAGGGGUACCAGGACUGACGAGAGAAGAGAUCAUCAGGAUAAUAAGGGAAAUAUGUGGUUGUGGCCUCAAGUGCAGAGAGAGCCCUCUGGAGCUGGUGUUUGUAAUAGACAGCUCAGAAAGUGUGGGCCCAGAAAACUUUGAGGUGGUGAAGGAUUUUGUGAACUCUCUUAUUGACCGACUGACGGUGGGCCAAGACGCCAGCCGGAUUGGAGUGGUGCUCUACAGCCACGUAGACAUGGUUGUGGUGAGUCUGCAGCAGCAUUCCAGCCAAGACGACAUCAAGGCUGCCAUCAGAAGGAUGCCCUACCUAGGCGAGGGCACUUUCACAGGAAGCGCCAUCCAUCGGUCCAACCAGAUUUUCCAAGCAUCUCGUCCCGGUGUGAGAAAAGUGGCAGUGGUGGUAACGGAUGGGCAGGCCGACCCACGUGAUGUCAUGCAGUUUGAAGAAACAGCCACCGAGGCCCAUGCAGAGGGAAUAGAGAUGUUUGUUGUUGGAGUAUUGAACAAAACCAACCCUUUGUAUGAGGAAUUCAAGGCUGAGAUGAAUGUUAUUGCCUCUGAUCCUGAUGAAGAGCACGUCUACCUCAUAGAUGACUUCAGGACUCUUGCCAGUCUGGAAGGUCACUUGCUGAGUCGGAUUUGUGAGCAGGAUGACAUGGUGGCCUUUCUGCCAAUCUCCGUCUUUCCAUCUGAGGAAACCCAGCCCAAGGCUCCAGAAGAAAGUCUCUCUACCGUGUUCCCAGAGGAAGAAAACAUACGACUUGAACUCCCAGUGGAGACAGUGACAGAGAAGCCCUCACUGCCCCUUGAGUCUGAGCGGUUCGAUGAGAACCAGGUUGAUGCUGAAGUGUUGGUGGAGCCCUGGAAUGAGCUGCCGGACAUCAUGUUUGGGCCUCCAGGUGGCACGGGGCAGCAGGGCCCGGGGGAAAACUCCGUGGUGGGCCCUCAGAGUCCAACCAAUUGGCUGUAUGAGGCAGAGAGCACACAGGGUCCUUUCAUCCCUCCUCCUCCACCCCUGACUGACUCACCAGUGUCAGGUGAGGGGUGCAGUCAGCCUCUAGACCCCGGCCCCUGUCGCCAGUACGUUGUCAUGUGGUACUACGACCCAGAGGCCAAUGCCUGUGCCCAGUUUUGGUACGGAGGUUGUGACGGCAACGCAAACAAUUUUGAGACCGAAGACAUCUGCAGGAGUAGAUGCGUUUACACGUAACAGACUGUGUUUCGAAGAAAAGAACGCGUGCAAAGCUAACAUUCUCCUCGGUCUCACGGUUACUGUUUCACUGGAGCUCAGGUCAGCAGCUGCUGUCGACACGCUCUGUGGACAGCUGCAGGUGAAGGAAACGAUAGAGAGCAUACAGUAUAUGGACCUCAGACUACAUUCACACUGCAUGGUGCUUCCUGUCCGGUUCCAACCUACUACACAUUUAUUCACUGGACAAUUAGACAUGCCACCGCCCAAGUGCAUUUAAUUUAAUUUUCACUUCCUUUCCCUUAUUGUCAAGGCAUUAUUAGGCUCAGGCAAUCCACUGGAAUCACCAAUUGUAAAAUAACAAUGUUGUAAAACAUGUUUAACAUAAGCCGUAGUUGGGUAACUAAACAGUACCAAAAAUUAUACUCUUGUAGGACAAAUCCCAAUCCAAAUAUAAGUAAAUAAAUAAAAUAAACCCCUAUCUAGUUAAAUAAGACUUAUGACAUCCCAAAGAAUGAUCUUAUAGCUUAAUGAGAUGUUCUUAACAGGAAAAAACAACGAAUCCCUGACUGAGCUGUUGUAACCUUUUUGAAGUUAAGUCCUGCUUUUAAACCCUUCCUCUAUCUAAGCAAAGUAGUUGUCUCCAACUUUAAAGUGGCUCUUAAUUGCCUUAUUGUAAAGUCAAUGCAGGAAUUCAGUGAUGUGAUCGACCAGCUGUCAGGAUGCUCCUCUGAAGUUAAUCUGCUCUGGAGCAGGUUAGCAAAAUAGGGAGGCGGAUGUUGGUGAUACCAGAAUACCUGACUUAAAACUAAACGUAACCGGAUGACCUGCUGAGCUGGUUUCGUUUAAUCAGGGUUUAGGCAACCGUAAUGUCUUCAGCUUGAACAGUUUAUGGUAGGUUGCUCCUUUUCUGAAUGGUCACUCAUGGAGUAAGCAGAUCUUUCAAAGCAGUCUGGUUUCCUACAUUGCUGUGUUUUAUUCUGUUUCAUUCUAUAAUGUUUUAGGAACAAAGGGUAUUAAAAUAUUUCUGGACAUCCCCACGGAGUUAUAUGUGACACUUGAAAAGACAUAACAACAUGGAGCUUGACUUUUAAUGCAAGACUUGUAAACUAAUAGAGCUUUCAAAUCAUCCAUACAGUAAACUACUAUGGACCAGCUGAAU